AUGGUGGAAGUCGGGCGCCGGAACACGUUGUGGCGAUGGAGGCUGUGGCUCGGCUUGAGACGGUAGGAUCUGAGGGGCAAUUUUGUUUAUGUCGGAUCUCAUGGCCAUGGUCAUUCUUUGAGAUAUCUUUGUGAAACAAAGCAAUGAAAAAAACGAACGAACUUUCUGGACGAAGGGUCGUUUGUUACAAGUGAAGUACCCCAAGUGCGAGGCUAAGAUUUUGAUGAAACUUGGCACAAAUUUAGAAUAAUUUUUUCUAAAAUAUAUACGAGAAUCCCAGCUCGCGCUUUGCAGAAAACAACCGAGAUUUUUAGAUCGAAAGUCGGCGAAAAUUUGACACUUUUUUUCGAAUUUCGGCACGAAAAGUUUCAUACCAAUUUCAACUGUAAAGGAUAACGUUUCUACAAAAAAUCAAAUUUUUCCGCACGAAACUGCCAAAGUUAUGGCCGAAAAGCGCUUUUCUGACCGCUCUCCGCGUUUAGCGUGCUCUCUCGGCGGCAAAAAUCGUUCGAUAUCACGGCGGAGCCGGCAAAGCGCGAGCUAAAACUUUCAGGAAUUGAUAUUUAGUCCAUACCCGACGUGUAUGCAAAAUUUAAAGAAAAUCUGAACGUCGCACUUGGAGUACUUCCCUUGUUAAAAUUUUCUGGUCUCCAAUGGGAAGCCGCAAAGACAAAUUUUGGCUUGCGCUUUGGGGUUUACUAGUCCGUUCGCAAAGUCGCUGUAGUUAUUUUGGCGAAAUGCACUUUGCGAAAACAAGAGUUCACUCUGUCUAUAAAAAUGGCUUCAAGUGCCAUCAAGAUCAAAACUUUGGGGUACCCUUUACUUCUACUAAUCGCGCCAUGCAAUUUCUUUUCGCACGCCCAAAAUUCGCUGACUCAGUUGAGAAAAGCUUGCGUCCCAGCAAUAGCCGGUUGCACAGUGCAGUCAAACGUACCCCGCAAAAAGUAAUUUUGUGCACGGUGCGGCCCACGACAAAAUGUCUACGUACUUUUGAAAAAGCGUAAUAUUACUAUUGGUAUUUUCAUAAAGUACAUGGACAUUUGUCGCGUCUCGUGCUGUGCCCGAAAACCCCCCUCGGUGGAGAUGUUCCGCAGCGAAGCGCCUGGAUCCCGAUACCGUAAUUUUCUCUUUGUCUAUCCUAUCUUGAUCUUGCAGUAGUAGAGAAAAGACAAGCGGGGUGUAGAGAGAGAGAGUGUGUUUUUGUUGUGGAGUUUUGUGUCAGGUUGAUUUGUAUUGUUGUUGUCUGCAUUGCUAUUGCAUUUUUUUGACCACCAGCCAAUCUCGUUGUUUCUUUUUGUGUUUUAGUCUAUUAGCAUGUGGAAUCGGACAUGCAUUUAGCAAAAAAAUGUCCAUGCACUUUACGAAAAUGCUAUCAGUCUGUCGGGGAAAUAAUGAGCACUCUGUCGCACCAAAAAUCGCAUCGCCAAUGAGAAAAUGAACUGUGUCGCUUCAAAAUCAAAUUGCUUUUUAACUUCAGCGACAUGAUUGUCGCAGCGACACUGCGCUCACUAUUUUCCCGACAGACCGAUAAUACUUUUUUUCCUUAUUUUCCUGCCCUCAUCCUCACCGUCUGUCCUCAAUUACAUUAAAAACGCUCGGUCUUUCCCGCAGCCUUAUGCUUAUGACUAAUUAAUGAGGCGGGUUACCCUAAUUACCCACGCCCUUUCGUGGGGGUUUGACCUGAAUUGAAAGGUGUGGGGUUCCAAAGGGACAAGGGCAGAAGCGAGCGCCCUUCUCGAGAACGCAAAGCCCUUUCCUCGAGACGGGAUGGAUCGGGGGGAACGAAGGAGACUAUCAAUUUUAUGUGUUCCAAAAACGAAAAAAACCGGCGGGGCAACGCCGGACGGGGAUGAUUGUGGGAGAGGUCUUUGGUCUUCGAUGAUUACGGCAUGACUCUAUCGGUCUGUCGGGAAAAUAAUGACCGCCAUUUGGCUGCAAUAAUCGUGUCGCUGAACUUCGCAAUGACUAUUUUUUCAAUCGUCAUUGCGAAGUUUAUACGACGGGGUUCUUUACAAUAUUUAUAUUUUCUGAAAGCCGGCUUUUUACUCUACUGCCGUGCCAAAUUUUAGCCUUCUAGCUGAAACGGCUAGCGAGAUAUGGAGAGAGAAAACAAGCGCAUUCCGAAAAAAAUAGAAAAAGUCGCGGAGAUCGGAUGUGUCCCAAAAGUAAUGCCAUGCGACAGAAUGCUCAUUAUUUUCCCGACAGACUGAUAUAAUUUUUCCAGCUGUCUCUUCUUGUCCCGUAGACCUGCGUUUUUGGAUGAAAAUUCAUUUUUCGGAUGACUUUUUUUUCUUGACCUUGUAUUAAUAGUAGCAUGUGUGUGAAACUCAAAUUUCUCAUGGUUUUAUAUCCCGAUCUGCUCCAAAUUUUGCAUACGUCUUCUCUGUCUAGUGUAUAAUUAAUUCCCAAAAGUUUUUGCUUACGAUUUACCGGCACAGCCGAGAUAUUGGUCUGUCGGGAAAAUAAUGUGGACUUAUCGCGCUUUGGUAUUUACCAUAACAGACAAUUUUUUUCAAAAAUUGAUAACGACUCAAGAUAUCUCAUGGAAAAUUAGAAAUUUUUUUUUUUUUUUUUUUUUUUGUAAAAUACGGGGCAUAGAUUUUCGACUUCUUGAGUGGGCUGUAAUGUUAUCAGUUUGUCGGGAAACUACGUUUAAACAAAAAUUAUUUUACAAAUUUCCUCAAAAUUUCCUUUGCCAUCCCCUCCAAAAUUCAGAGAUCCCAGAGGCCGGAAAUUUGGGUGAGCUUAAUCCUGUCGCCAAAAAAAUAAAGCGUAAUACCCACCGUUUAAAGCUUUGCCUUCACUGUUCUCCUAAAUCUCUUCGGGGGACGAAAGCCGGCCAAUGGAUUUAUGGGGAUGGGAUUAAGCGCAUAAAAAGAAGUUGGGAAGUCAACUCCUUCAUAUUGUUUAGAAUUUGUGCGACAGAUUGCGAGCACUUGGACACUUCUUUUUACGGGAUUUGUUUCGGGAGUUUCGGAGAGAGCGAGAGGGUUUGAAAUGCUCGUCUGUCGGGAAAAUAGUGAGCAAAAUGUUGUUGGAUGAAUCGCGUCGCUGAAGUGAAAAGUUUUUUAGCGGCUAUGCGAUUUUUGAUGCGACAAAAUACUCAUUAUUUUCCCGACAGCCUGAUGAAAGUUAUUUGAAAAUGAAAUUUUGAAAAAAAGUUUUUUUGAAAUUUUGCUUAGUAAUGAUUUUUUAUGUUUAUAUGGUGAUUACUCGACUAAGAACGUAUAGAUUUUCCUGAAAUUUUGCACAAAUGUUUUCUGUAGGCUAUAGAUAAAUUCUUGAAAAUUUCAGCUUGCACUUUGCAAGCGUUGCCAAGAUAUUCAACGAUUUUUGCAGCCAAUUUUAAGACAGUGUGGAAAAUGAGGAGAGUCAAACAAUUUUUUGGGGAAGCUUGAUGCACUACCUUGCAAAUAAAAACAGUAAAUUUUCGAUCUUAAAAGCUGCGAAAAAAUUUAGUUUUUGAUGAUUUCGGGAAAAUUUUUGAUCAUUUCUUCAACCUGUGAACUUCCAAAUACAGGGUCUUACAAAAAACGUGAAGGAAAGUGGAAGGCCAUAACUUCCGGCGGAGGCGGCGCAGAGACUUCGUAUUUAAAAUAUGCAUUUUUAAAGGACAUUAGUUUUUGUCCACGAAAUAACAAGCUUUUAAAGUGCAAACUGAGGUCGCUACGACCCUCUGAAGUAGAGGCAUCCCUACCCCGAAAACCGGGUUUUUUCGGUUGAAAAUGAUCGAGAAAUUUCGGACUUUUUCGGUUGGAAAUCGCCAGGAAAUGUCGGAUUUUGAAAAAUGCCUUUAUACUAGUCUGUCGGGAAAAUAAUGGGCAUUCUGUCGCUGUACCGAUCGCGUCGCAUAAAUGAAAAGCAAUUUGAUUUUACCGCGAAGACAAUUCAUUUUAUCGGCGGCGGUGCGAUUUUUUCGGGCAUUGCGCUCGUUAUUUUCCCGACAUAUUCAAAAAACCCCCAAAAUUUAAUCCUGAAACCAUCAAAAAUCAAACUUUCUAAGCACUCUCCAAAUACUCCAAUAACUGACACCCCGGAACCGAUUCGUCUCCCAUAAGCGCGCUUAAGCCCGCAGAUGUUUUCGUUGCCAUUACUGCAUUGGCUUGGAUGAGUGAACUCGGGUAUUUGCGCGCCAUUUCCUUCGGCUCCUUCGGCUGCUUCUCCGAUCCCGUUGGGAUUACCGUUUUUUUUGACAAAGACGGGAAAAGAGGGCGAGGGGAAUUUAUUGGGGACGGUUAUCCGAAUAAAUGUCUUGGCCAUGCGGUUCUGUUUCUGGACAAAGUUCCGCCGGAGGUAAUCGUGUUUCGAGUUUAUGUUAGGUUUUCGAAUUUUCGAGGCGACAAAAACGUAGUAAAGUGGAAAUUUAAGGGCACAAAGAUCUAUUGUUUUUUGAUUAUUAUUCCGUCGGGAAAAUAAUGUGGCUUGUUGUAGAAAACGCGUCUCUAAAAGCCAGAAUUUGAAUUUUUCGUCUUUAUAGACGCAGAGGAAGACUUGACCCAAAAUUAGUUUUUAUCAGUCUGUCGGGAAAAUAAUGUGGAUUUCCCCAGAAAAGCAUCUCUGAACGUCAAAGUUUGAAUUUUUCAUCUUUGUGGGCGCAGAGGAAGACUUGACCCAAAUUUGGGUUUAUAUAGUCUGUCGGGAAAAUAAUGUGGAUUUGUAAAAAAAGUGUUUUUAUCAUUCACCAUACAGUAAACUCGUUGUAUAUAAGUCGCUAUGGUAUAAUUUCUUGGCAUUUUCAGGCCAAUGCACAAAUGGCUAGCGACCGGCUUCAGUGUGGCCUCACUCUUUCUGUUUGUUUUUGUGCUAAUCGCUCAAAACGAAGAUGAUCCGGUUACGUUGGCAACGGUGUCCAGUCGAGAGGGACUUUUUGACGACAGAAAUCGACUGGUCGAUUUGAAAGUAAGAAAUUUUUUUAAAUAAAAAAUGGAGAUUUUUCGAUUUUUUUUUGAAAAAAAAUUAAUUUUUAUUCGUUUUUUAUUUUUGAAAAAUUUAAAAAAAAAUGAAUUUUCCAAUUUUUUUUUUUAUUUUUAAAAAUUUUCGACUUUUCUAUUUUUAUGAUUUUUUUAUUUUUUUAAAAUUUUUUUGAAUUUAUCGAUUUCUUGGAUUUUUAUAUUUUUUUAUUUUUUGAGAGUUUUUGAAAAUUAUAUUUUUUAAAUUUUUUUUUCAAAUUUAAAAAUUUUCGUAUUCAUUUUUCAGGUCGACGGCAAUACAGUGACCUUCCAAACCCCUUAUAAUCGAUCUCAUUCCUCCCCAAAUGACACUUUAAACGUAUUUUUGGUCUUUCAUUCCCACACGGAUCCAGGUUGGCUGCGGACUUUCAACGAGUAUUAUGACGAAAAAGUCGAAAGGAUUCUCGACUUGGCCGUCGAUUUUCUAACUCAGCAUCAAGACGCUAAAUUUAUUUGGUCGGAGAUCUCGUUUCUCAGCGAAUGGUGGGAUCGGGCGAAUGAAACGAGCAAAGAGGCUAUGGUGGAGUAAGUUUAAAAAAGUGAAAAAAACGGCGUGGGCUCAAAAACAUGAUUUUUAAUUGUAGUUACGCAGAAUGAAUGUUUCAAGAAAUUUUGAGCCUGCACGCCAAAUUUGGGCUAAUUCUGAACAGUUUCCGCAAAGUUAUAAGUUGUGGCCAGAAUAAGGAACUUUUACCAAAAAAUGUAGCAUUUUUUUGUAAAUUUUUAUUUUUCAAGUUUUGUGAUGAAAAGUUUCAUGGCUAUUUCUACGGCAGAGCAUAAUGUUUCCAUAAAAAAAGUCUUCUUUCUUCUGAACAAAUCGUCCCAUCCUUUGCAGACUUGUUCAGAACGGCCAACUCGAGCUGACCGGUGGCACUUGGGUGAUGAACGACGAAGCUAUCACUCACUUCGCCGCCUCUAUUGACAACAUUAUUGAAGGGCAUACAUUUGUAAACCAAAAUUUCAAAGUAUUGCCAACAACAAGUUGGUCUGUCGAUCCUUUCGGGCAUGGCAGUACGAUGCCGUAUUUGUUGGGCAGAGCGGGCGUUGACAACUUGGUUGUGGGGAGGCUGAGUAAGCACGUCAAGGAGCAGAUGAUCCGGAGAGGAGCGCUGAAGUUCUUGUGGAAAGAGCCUUGGAGUGAGGUGAGUUUUUUUUUGGAUAUCAGUCUGUCGGGAAAAUAAUGAGCACUCUUUCGCAUCAAAACUUGCAUCGCAGCCGAGAAAAUGAAUUGUGUCGCGACAAAGUCAAAUUGCUUUUCAGCUCGACCUCCGAUUGGCGCAGCGACAUUGUGUUUUCUAUUUUUCCUACAGACGGUUGUUUCUACAAAACGCAAGCUAAGAGGAUCGCAUAUGUCCAAAAAGAAACUAUUCUAUUAAAAAUUUGUGCCAAUUUUCGUCAAAAUCUGAGCAUCGCGCUUGGAGCAAUUUCAACGUUAAUCUAGAUCUCUGUUUGUAGUUCCACCAAAAUCUAUAUGGCCUAUAGAUUUUGGGGUAGUCACGUUUUCUACAGGGUGUUUCAAGAAAUUUGGCAGAAACUAGUUGCGAAUAUUUUUGAGCUCUUGCUAGUUAUCGCAGAAAUUCUUUUUGUUUCUGAAACUUGACAGCGGGCGGUUUUGUACUGAACAAAAAAAAAAUUUUUUUCGUCGGCGGAGAGGCCAGUUCUCGGCGGAGGCAUUUGGGGCCUUUUUUAAAAAUCACACCUUAUUACAUCGUGGAAACUCUGUUACAGUGGCCAAAAUCAUGCUUACGUUAAACCUCCGUGGAUUUUGCGGUAUGCUUUUUUUGCGUUUUCGAUUUUACGCAACAUCCGCGGAGGCGCGACGGAGACCGCAGAUUUCGGCGGACUUUGUUUUGGGCCCUCGGUUUUUGCAAAUCCAUGUUGGAAAAAAGGUUGGGGCGAUUUUUUGUUGUCAUCCGAUGCACAGAGGGCAAAAAUUUUGUACUUUUUUCCCCCGGCGGAGCAUUCGGCGGAGGCUUUCUCAAAGGGUCAAAACAAAAUUUUGACUCUUUUGAUAAAGCCUCCGCCGAAACCUCCGCCGAUGUGUCCGCCGGAUCAAAAAAUAAGAAAAAUGGUGUUGCUGUGAUGGAUUCUUGUAGCUGAGUUUUUUCCCGGACUCCUAAGACUGUUCUGACCCUUUGGUAAAGCCUCCGCCGAAUCCUCCGCCGGGGAAAAAAGUGCGAAAUUUUUGCAUCUGUGCAUCGGGUGACAACAAAAAAUCACCCCACACUUUUUUCCAACCUGAAUUGAAUGAUCCAAAGGCUCAAAACGACGUCCGCCGAAACCUGAGGUCUCCGCCGUGCCUCCGCGGAUGAGCGAAAAUCGAAAACAAAAAAAGCAUACCGCAAAAUCCACGGAGGUUUAACGUAAACAUGAUUUUGGCCACUGUAACAGAGUUUCCACGAUGUAAUAAGGUGUGAUUUUUAAAAAAGGCCCCAAAUGCCUCCGCCGAGAACUGGCCUCUCCGCCGACGAAAAAAAUUUUUUUUUGUUCAGUACAAAACCGCCCGCUGUCAAGUUUCAGAAACAAAAAGAAUUUCUGCGAUAACUAGCAAGAGCUCAAAAAUAUUCGCAACUAGUUUCUGCCAAAUUUCUUGAAACACCCUGUACAGUAUAUCGGGAAAGCAAUGAGCACAAUGUUGCUUCGUCGAUUGCGUGAAAAGCAAUUUAAUUUUGCUGCGACACAAUUUAUUUUUUCCCGGUGGCGAUGCUAUUUUAGAUGCGACAGAGUGCUCAUUACUUUGCUCUAAAAAUUGCCGCAACUUCUUGCCUAAGCUUCAACUUGCUCCACAUUUCACUGUUACUUGCAUUUUCAGGAUGACCGAGCUGCUCUUCCUCUGAUCAGCUCGCUUCCUCGAACCUACUACACGACUGCCGACGCCUGUGGGCCAGAUGGCCAGGUUUGCUGCCAAUUUGAUUUUGGUCCGUCCGCCAGAUCCGAUUGUUUUCAUCGAUUUGAGCCGUCGAACGUCUCAACGCCGGCUUUGUAUGUCUUAUGUAGCCACCUCGCUUUUAGUCAUCGUUUUUAUAACUUACUAUAACCUUUUUCAGCGCCAAAAAGUUGGUUAACCAAUAUCGAAAGCUUCAAGAAUAUUAUCGAUCGUCCUCGUUGCUCGUCCCAAUCGGCGAUGAUUUUUUCUUCUCCAAUCCCGCCGAUUGGACGGAGAAUUACGAGAAUUACAAGGUCUUGAUGGACUUCAUCAACAGCCACAAGGACUUCAAUAUGAAGGUAAGAUUAAAAGCUGGAUCAAAAGAAUGAGUUUGUCGGGAAAAUAAUAUGGAUUUGUCGCUGAAAAGCGUCUCUGGACGUCAAAACUUGAAUUUUCGUCUUUGUGGGCUCAGUAGAAGACUUGACCCAAAAUUGAGUUUAUAUCCGUCUGUCGGGAAAAUAAUGUGGAAUUGUCGCUAAAACUCGUCUUUGAACUCCUAAAUUCGAAUUCUGAUCAUUGUGAGUUCAGAGGAAGACUUGACCUAAAAUUUAUCUUGGCCUGUCGGGAAAGUAAUGUGGAUUUGUCGCAGAAAAGCGUCUCUGAACGUCGAAAUUUGAAUUUUCCGUUUUUGUGGGUUUAGAGGAAGAGUUGACCCAAGGUUGGGUUUAUAUCAUCUGUCGGGAAAAUAAUGUGGAUUUGUCGAGAAAAUGUCUCGCCUUGUCGCAGACGCGCAUCCUAUCUCCAGCCACGGCCACCGCGCCACAAACCUUCAUUACUUUUCCGACAGACUAAUCUAAACCCAAUUUUGGGUCAAGUCUUCCUCUGAGCCCACAAAGAUUACAAUUGAAAUUCGGAUGUUCAAAGACGCUUUUCUUCGGCAAAUCCACAUUAUUUUCCCGAAAGACUGAUAAGUAUGUAUAUAUGCGAUUUUAGAUCCAAUUCGGAACCGUCGACGACUACUUCAAAUCCCUGGCCGCCACUGAAAACAAAGCCUUGUACCCCGUGGUGGACGGGGACUUCUUCCCCUACACCGAAGACUUUGAUGGGCCUUUCCCAUAUUGGACGGGCUACUAUGGCCAUCGGCCCUUCUUCAAGAAGCUGGAGAGAAUUGUUGAGGUACGGAUGAAAGGAUUAUUUUUUGAAAAUCAGCGGGCGUUUUUUUUUGGAUUUUUUCUUAAAAAUUUUUCAAUUUUUCGCAUUUUUUUGGUUUUUUUUGUAGAAUCUUUUGAUUUUUCUAUAGAUUUUUUUUGAUUUUUUGACAUUUUUUUGUUUUUUUCAAAUUUUUUUUUAUUUUUUUCAAAAAAAAUUUGAUAUUUUUGAAAAUUGCUGAAUUUUCCUGCUUUUUUUGAUAGUUUAUUGUAGAAUUUUUGGGAUUUUUCACAUUUUUUUGGCUUUUUGGAUUUUUAAAAAAAAAAAUUUUUUUUAGAAUUUUUACAUUUUUUCAAAAAAAAAUUUUUUUAUUUUUUUCACUUUUUUAAUUUUAAUUUUUUUUUUCUUAUUUUUUCAAAUUAUUUUAUAUUUUUUACCAACUCUUCCCCCUUUCAAACCAUCACAUUUCCAGAGCCAACUCCAUCUUCUGGACUUUCUUCUAGUCCGCUCCCAAAUGUUCAAAUCGAUUGACCAACUCCAGCCCCAUCGCCGGACCGUAUCUCUGGUUCAGCAUCACGAUGCGAUUACGGCGACCUCUCGACCUCACGUGAUGACUGAUUACGAGGAUCGGCUGUUCAAUGCGUCAAUUCACAUUCAAAAACUGGAAGCGGCCGUUUGGGCGAGUCGAAUGAGCAAUGUGAAAAACGUGGAGAUUUUGUUUUAUCAGCGGGGUCGCGCCGUGAUUUUCGAUGAGAAAAUGAGAGGGUAAGGGUUGUUCUGCGAUAUAUUGUUGAUUUUGGGAUCGCGUUUUGCAGAACAGCCGAGAUUUUUUUAUCCAAAGUUGGCAAAAAAUUGGAUAUUUUUAUGCAAAUUUUGGCACGAAAAAUUUCGUGGCUAUUUCUACCGUAUAGUGUAAUAUUUCCACAAAAAAUCAGUUUUUUCCAUGCUCUCUUGUCAGCAAAAACAAUAUUGGUGAAUAUCUCGGCUCCCACUGCGUUUUAAGAGCUCAAAUUUUCAGGAAUUUAUAUAUUUAUGGAUUUUCAUAAAGUGCAUAGACACGGGCCGUGACACAUGUCUAUACAUAUAGUACAGGGUGGAUCAGCUAAGUUCGCAGAUGUAAAAUGCUUACAACUUUUUAUAGGAUUGUUCAAUUUUUAUGAGCAAUAGCUCAUUUUAUUCCUUAGUAGUUACCAUUUUGUUUAAAAGAAAGAUCAUUAAAAAUGAUCAAUCCUACGUCGAGUUAUGACCCUUCAAAGUCAAACAUGUAUAUCAAAAAAUCAUCCAUUUUCAGCACCUGGCUGACGAUUUACAACCCUCGAACUUUCGAUGUGAACGAGAAGAUAACCUUACGAGUAAACUCCCCAAAUGUUGUUGUCCGCUCAUUCCAUGGCAGUCCAAUUGAAGCCCAGCUUCUCCCACUUCUCAUCAUUGAUGAGUGGAAGGCGGAUUCAGCCUACCUUGAGGUCGUAUUUUACGUCGAAUUGAAGGCCUUGGAAUCGAAGAAAAUUUGGAUGGAAAUGGGUGAAAAUCGACCGGAGAGCACUGUGAUGUCUUCGAUUUAUACUGAUGAAAAGAUUGAGUGAGUAAACAAAUUAUUUUAAUAUAAGUCAAUAAAUUUUUCAGCAGUAUUUUUGAGACAAAACCGCUGCCAAAUGGAACGUUCGAAUUCGAAAAUAAUGAGCUGGUCGUGGUAAUGGAAGACGGAUAUGUUCAGGUAUGUUUCACUAACAUAAAAAAAGUCAAAUAGAAGUAGCGAGAAAGCAUCGCAAAAUUUUGUGAAUUUUAGUUUUAAUUUUUGGGAUUUUUUGAUUUUUUUGAGUUUUAAAAUCAUUUUUGAUUAGUUUUUAAAUUUGACAUCAGUUUCUUUUCAGAUCACCAUGCCUAGGUGUCUAAUUUUGAUAAUCUUUAGUUUGAAAUUUUUGAGAUUUUUUGAUUUUUUUGAAUUUUAAUUUUUUCGUUUUUAAAAUCAUUGUAACAAGCGAAGUACUACCCUAAGUGCGACGCUGAGAUUUUCUUUCAAUUUUGCACGCAUAUCGGGCAUGAACUAAAUAUCAAUUCCUGAAAGUUUUAGUUCGCGCUUUGCAAGGGCCGCCGAGAUAUUGAACGAUCUUUGCCGCCGAGAGAGCAUGCUAACCUCGGAGAGCGGUCGGAGGGAAAAACAUUUUUUGGUCAUAAUUUCGCUAGUUUUGUGCGGAAAAAAUUAAUUUUUUUGUGUAAACAUUACCCUCGAUGUUAGAAAUAGGCAUGAAAUUUUUUGUGUCGAAAUUCGACAAAAAGUCCUAAAUUUUGGCCGAUUUUUGAUCGAAAAAUCUCGGUUGUUUCUGCAAAGCGCGGGCUAGGACUCUGGCAUGUUUUAGAAAAAAAUAUUCUAAAUUUGUGCCAAGUUUCAUCAAAACCUGGGCGUCGCACUUGUGGUACUUCCCUUGUAAAUUCAUUUUAGUAAAUUUUUCGUUUAAAAUUUUGGCGAUUUUUUUAACAAUUUUAAAUUUUUUCUUUUUUUUCUUUUCAAAUUUUUCAAUUUGAAAAAAUGUUUAUUUAAUUAUUAAAUUUUUCAUAUUUUCUCUUCAGAAAAUGCUCAACAAGCACACUGGAAAAGAAGAGCCCCUUGAAAUUUCCUACUCCUUCUACUCCGACAUGGGCGGAGCCUAUGUUUUUGCGCCAAUGAGCAAAGAAAAGCCCAUAGUCUUGAACCGAACCCUCGCCAAUCCAAUCUACAUUUCUGGCCCGCUAAUCACUCGGGCCUACUCGCAUAUCCGAUCAGAAUUAUUACCCAAACUACACUCACAUCAGGUUUUCGAGUUCGAGAAAAAAUCGAGAAAUCUCGAUUUUGCGUUGGAAUUAUUCUCAAAUGUCGAGGAAAUUGGCGACUCAACGAUCGUGAUGAAUGUGAAAACGGAGAUUUGGAACGGUGACAGUGUCUAUACGGAUGUGAAUGGGUUGUUUUUGAGGGAACGGAGAAGGUUUGAGUGAGUUUGAAGUUUUUUUUUUUAAUUUUGGGGGAUUUUGCAUGGUGCAGUGGAUGAAUUUUUGUGGAAUUUUUCAAAAAUUAUUUUUAAGCCCCAAAUUAUUUCUAAAUUUUUUAUUUUUUUGUAUUUUUUCAAAAAAAUUUGAAAAAAAAUCCAAAAGAUUCCAAGAAAAAAGUCGGUUUUAUAUUUUUAAUUACAUUUGGCCAAGCCAAAAAUCAUUUUUGCCAAAAAUUUUUUAUUCUGCACUUCAAAAAUGUAAAAAAAAUUUUUUUUUUUGAAAUUAAAAAAAUUUCCAUUUUUCAAAAAAAUUUCUGCAAAACGCGACAUAAAGACCUUGAAUAUGCCUUACUUUAUUGAAAUAGGGUUGUUAAUAGGAUUAAAAGGCAUUAUAAGAAGUUUAAACGAGAAAUUGGUUUGAUUUUGAGGCUCUCUGAAAUGACAUAAACUUUCGUUUUUUGCAAAUUUUUUAUCGAAUUUUGUCGAAAAUUAUAUUAUUCUUGUUAAAAAAUUGAUAAAAGACUUAAAUUUUUUUUUCAGAUUCGCUCAAACCCCCUCAGCCAAUUAUUUCCCGGCAGCGACCGCGGCUAUGAUCCAAGACAAGACCAGUCGAUUGUCAGUCUUAUAUGGGCAACCGACUGGAGUCUACACACCAAAACGGGGCCAAAUCCAGUUCUUUGUGGAUCGAACUUUGAGUGGCGACGAUGGAAAAGGACUCUCUUAUGGGGACGCUUCGUAUGUAAGUGCAGCAAAAUACUGCUAUAAUUAUGCUAUGCGUAUUUUACAACCAAAAUGCAUGUGAAAAAGAUUUUUAAAAUGGAUACUUUUGGAUACUUUUCAAAAAAAAAUUGGAUACUUUUGGAUACCUUUCUAAAAAUUCACGUAAAAUCAAGUCUUAUGGGUUUCGAUGAGACACGACGCUACAGUGUGGGACCUAAUCCAAUGGCCAAAAACGUACCAUUUUGGAUCCGGGAAGUAUCAAAAAUGUGGCAAAAUACCUCCCUCUCCAAGUGAAAAAAAAACUUCAUUUUGAAAGGCGCGCUCUUUUUCCUCAAAAAAAGGGCGGGCGCGCUUUUGAAAUCGGAGUUUUUUCACUUGGAGAGGGGGGUAUUUUGCCACAUUUUUGAUACUUCCCGGAUGCAAAAUGGUACGUUUUUGCCAUUGGAUCAGGUCCCCCACUGUAAAUGAUGCUUGGCGCUAAACAAGCCAGUAAUUUUGUAAGAGAAAUGUAAAGUUUUUAGCUCGAAACGGCCAAGUUUUUUAGGGCAAAAUUUCAAAAAUUUAAUUUUUUUUUUAUUUUUGCGGCAUAAAAAUUUUAGCGUUUGUUGGAAAUGAAAGAGUAAAAUUUCUCUAUACAAACUUAUUUUUUCGCACAAAAACCACAAAGAUACAGUUGAAAAAAUUAAAAUUUUUCUCUGACCGUCUCUCCUCAUUUUCCAUAGUCUCUCGUCUGCAAAGACUGGUGAAUAUCUCGGAUAUCCCUGCGUUUUAAAAGCUAAAAUUUUCGGGAAUUAAUCUACCAUCUAUAAGAACCAUCCUGGCCAAAUUUCAGACAAAAAUCAAAUUUUUUCCAAAAAAAUUUUUUAUUUUCCCCAAAAAAAUCAAAUUUUACCCAAAAAUUUUGCAGAGUGAGCCAGCUAAGCUGAAAUACCGUUUCCAAUGGGAAGAACGCUACAUAACGCAUGCGAAUCCGACCACUUUAUACCAUUCGCGGAGGACUCAUCAAGCGAUGACGUCAUUAUUAUCGUCAGUUUCGAUUCACAAUUCGCAGAAAUCGGAGAGAAAAUUCGACACACAGGAAUGGCCAUGUGAUUUGGAGAUGAUCAAUGUGCGAUAUUUGAAUUCGACGAGGUUUGCGAUCACGUUUAGGAAGUUGGAAUUUGACAGCAGUGUAGUGCAUGCGGGGAAAUGCGAGACAAAUGUGGUAAGAUUUUUUUUUUGAUUUUUUUUUUUUUUUUGAGAUUUAUUGACAACGAAAUUUUAAAAACAAAUUUAAAUUGAUGAGAUAGCCACCGAGAUUUCUCAUUGUGACCAAUAUAUGGCUCGGGACUUACAAAUCUUUGUGUGUCCAAAAAAUGUGUCAUCAUGACACGUGUUUAAAAUCUGCCAGUGGCAUAAAAACCGGCUGUAUAUGGAUAACAAUACACCCUAGAGCACGUCGAAAAAAUUGCGGGCGUUGCAAAGCUCCCUGACGCAGAAAAAAUCCAGAAAAUGCGUCAUAUAAAUUAGAAAACUUGUCAUCCAAACUGCGCGUUUCAAAAAAUUUAAACUCAAAUUUUUUUAUGGGCACUAGGGAGUAUUACAAACCAUAUACAGCCGUUUUUUAUACUACGGGCACAUUUAAACAGGUGUAAUCAUGACACAUUUUCUGGACACACAAAGAUUUGUCAUCAGUCUGUCGGGAAAAUAAUGAGCACUCUGUAGUAUCAAAAAUCCCAUAUUAGCCGAGAAAAUGAAUUGUGUGGCGGCAAAAUCCAAUUUCUUUUCACUUCAGCGACGCGAUCUGCGCAGCGACAUUGCGCUCACUAUUUUCCCGACAGACUGA